AUGUACAGUGGAGAGGCUGAGCUGGUGUUGACCUUGUCCAAGGCAGGUGUCUACGCCUUGUUGGCCCAGGAAGUGUUCUUAAAGAUCUCGCAGUCCAAGUGCUCGGGUGAACCCUUCGAGUUCCUUGUCGCAAAGGAACAUUGGACGUCUUCUCGGGACCUCUGCCUUCGUUCUUGGUACAUGGAGCCCACCAAAAGGUUAGACUUGUUCCUUGGUCAACUUGGUAAACAGCUAAUCAGCAAUGGCUUCCGUCGACCGAGGUUCGACCAAAGUGUUGAGAAGUUCACGAAAGGUGACUUCUCGAUCCACUUCACCGCAGUGAAUCGACAAUGCAAUAGACGCAUUCAAAUGGAGCAAAACCUUCGACCAGGCAAGCUGAUCUACAACCAAAUCCGUUUGUAA